GAAGAGACACAGAAAGAAGUACUUUCACUGGACACCCAAUAUGGCUCCCAAGAAGCAUAGUGGAAAGAAGAAAGUGCGGAGCAGCAAUGAAGGUGACAAGAACAGCAAUGCAGGUGACAAUGUGCAAAGUGGAAAUGCAAGUGACAAUGUGCAAAGUGGAAAUGCAAGUGACAAUGUGCAAAGUGGAAAUGCAGGUGACAAGAAUGUGCAGCGCAAGCAUGGUGGCAAAAAGAAAGUGCAGAGCAGCAAUGAAGGUGACAAGAACAGCAAUGCAAGUGACAAUGUGCAAAGUGGAAAUGCAAGUGACAAUGUGCAAAGUGGAAAUGCAGGUGACAAGAAUGUGCAGCGCAAGCAUGGUGGCAAAAAGAAAGUGCAGAGCAGUAGUAAAGGUGACAGCAAGGUUGUGAAGAAAAUAACCAUUGAGCUGAAGAAGGAAAUUAUAGAAAAGCAUGACCGUGGUAUUCGUGUGACUGAUCUGGCCUCGGAGUACAAGAUGGCAAAGUCAACAAUCUCAACUAUUCUGAAAAACAAAGCCGCCAUCAAAGGAGCUGAUGUUGCAAAAGGAGUAACAAUGUUAACCAAGCAGAGGACGCAAGUGCUGGAAGAGGUGGAAAAACUUUUGUUGGUGUGGUUGAAUGAGAAACAGCAGGCAGGUGAUAGCGUUAGUGAAGCUAUGAUCUGUGAGAAAGCCAGGAAAUUGCACAGUGAUUUACUGCAAAGAAGCCCCUCUACAAGUGCAGCAAGUGACGAAUUUAAAGCCAGUAGGGGGUGGUUUGAAAAAUUCCGCAGGAGAAGUGGCAUCCACAGUGUGAUUAGACAUGGUGAGGCUUCCAGUUCUGACAAGGCCGCAGCAGAAGCCUACAAGUUAGACUUUGCGGAAUUCAUGAAGACAGAAGGAUACGUCCCUCAACAAGUUUUCAACUGUGAUGAAACAGGGCUCUUCUGGAAAAAAAUGCCGAACAGAACCUAUAUCACGCAGGAGGAAAAGGCACUACCAGGGCACAAGCCCAUGAAGGACAGAUUAACCCUUUUGCUGUGUGCCAACGCAAGCGCCAAUCUGAAAAUUAAACCACUACUGGUGUACCAUUCUCAGACCCCUCGUGCAUUUAGGCAACAAAAUGUGAACAAGGCCAGACUGCCCGUCAUGUGGAGAGCCAAUGCCAAAGCUUGGGUCACAAGGCAAUUGUUUAUGGAAUGGCUGCACGAGGUGUUUGCACCCACCGUCAGAAAAUAUCUUUCUGAUAACCAGCUGCCUGAAAGGUGCCUUCUUCUGAUGGACAAUGCCCCGGCACACCCUCCAGCCUUGGUGGAUGAUAUGGAUGCUGAGUAUGACUUCAUCAAGGUAAAGUUCCUCCCCCCCAACACAACACCACUUCUGCAGCCCAUGGACCAGCAAGUCAUCUGCAACUUCAAGAAGCUGUACACAAAGGCGCUCUUCACUAGGUGUUUUAAUGUCACUGAAGAGACGUCCUUGACUUUGAAAGACUUCUGGAAGAAACAUUUCAAUGUUGUCCACUGCAUUAACCUCAUUGACAAAGCCUGGGAAGAGGUAGUGGAGGAAAUUGUGUCCAUGGGCAAGAGUAUGGGUCUGGACGUUGAUGGUGCUGAUGUGGAAGAGCUUGUUAAGGAACAUAGGGAGGAGCUGACCACGGAAGAACUUUCUGAACUCCACAGUGAGCAGCAGAAGGCACUUCUUGAGGAGCAUUCCACUGAGGAAGAGGAAGAAAGGGAGGAGGUUAGCAGUGAUGCCAUAAAAUCCAUUAUGCAAAAAUGGAAUGAGUGCCAUGAUUUUUUUGAAAAGCACCACCCCAACAUAACUGUCGUGAACAGAGUGCUAAAUCUCAUGAAUGAUAAUGUGGUCUCUCAUUUCCGGAGGGUUAUGCAGCACAGGAAGAGACAAGUGACAUUGGACAGAUUUUUCAGAAAAACUGAGCCUGCAGCUAGGAGACAAAGGAGAGAGGAAACCCCUGAAGGAGAUCCCCCUGAUGUCCUUAUGGAGGGGGACUCUCCCUCCAAACAAUAA